AUGCUGCGGAACGUGUUCUCCGCCUGGCUGCGGGGGCUGCCCUCCCUGGAGGCCGGCGCGGAGGGGGCGCAGGCCCUGCGGCAGGCGCACCUGGAGCGGUCGCGCAGCUUCGCGGAGGAGCACGCCGGCGCUCCGGCACGCCUCCUGGAGCUCGCCAGCGCGGUGGGCGGCACGGCCUUCCGCGUGCUGCAGCUGUUGCCGCCGGCCGGCGCCGGGGGGCCCGGCGCGGAGGGGGGCGCCGAGGGGCGAGGGGCGCUGGUGGCGCUGCUGGCGCGGCUGGGCUGGGCGCCGCAGGCCGCGAGCCUGCUGGAGCACGUCGGGGCAGGAGCGGCGCCAGCACCGGGCCCUCUGUUGGGCGAGGAGGUCCGUGCGGCGGGCAAGGGGGGGCCCGCGGCCCUGGAGGGCAUCUUCAGCGAGGACCCGCUGCUGCUGAAGGCCACCCUCGCGGCGUCCUUCUCCCCCCUGUUCGCGCACGGGGUCUUGCGGUGCGUCGACUACCAGCCGUCGCUCGCUGGCCCGCCGCAGAGGCCUGGAGAGCCAGCCACGACCGCGGUCAUCAAGGCGGCGCCGGUCCUGGCGGCCGCCCAUGCCCAGAUGCUGUCGCAGCCGUCGCUGGCCGACCCGGGCCCCCGACGCUGCGCGUUCGUGCCUGGGUCCAGCGGUGCCUCGAAGCUGGAGGGGGAGAGGCUCAAGCAGAUGGCGGCGCCCCCGAAGGACGGCAAAAGCCAGCUGGAGAAGGUGGAGGUCCUCAAGGAUGGAGCCUACCUGCUCUUCGAGCCGGACGACCAGUGCGAGAGCGAUGCGGACAGCGCGCGGAGCCAGGGCGACGAUCCUGUUCGGCCCCCCGAGUCCUUGGUUGCCGAGGUCGAGGAGGAAGAGGAGGCGGCCGCCAAGGAGCAGGCAGCGAAGGAGCAGGCGGCCAAAGAGCAGGAGGAGAAGGCUGCAAGGGAGAAGGCCGCCGAGGAGGCCAAGAAAGUCAGCGACAGCCAGUUCGAAAAACGAGCCGACGAGAAGAGUGUUGAGCCGAAUGGGAGCGGCCAGGAGCAGGGCAGUGAAGCGGCCAGGAUCUCGAAAACGGAGGGGAAGGCGGGCACCGCAGAGGAGAAAAUGAUCGCGCUGCAGAGGGAGACCGAGAGAGCGAGUCAGGACAAGGAGAAGGAGAAGAGGAAGGACAGGGAGCGGGAGAAGGAUCGCGACAGGGAGAAGGUAAAGGACAAGGACCGGGACAGGGCCAAGCGGAGUCGGUCCAGGGGCAAGGAGAAGGCCAAGCGCAGCAGGUCGAGGAGCCGGCGGGCCCGGUCGCGGUCGAAGGACAAGAAGAAGCAGAGGGACAAGCGCAGCCGGUCGGCCAAGCGCCGCAGCAGGUCCCGGAGCCGGGCGCGGCGCCGCGGCAAGAGCAGGAGCCGGAGCAGCGCCAGCAGCAGCGGCGACGACGCGGCAGAGGAUGCCACCGACGACGGGGGGCCAGCCGCCGACUCGGCCGAGGCGGAGCUGGCAAAGAUGAUGAGCGACCAGGAGCGGAUCCAGCGCAUGCAGGAGCGGCGAAAGGAGAGGAAGGUGGCCGCGGAGGCGAAGGCCGAAGCGGCUGCGAAGGUUGCGGCGGCGAAGGCCGCCGAGGAAGAGGCCAGGGGCCCGCUGGCCAUCAAGGCGACGGCUGAGAAGGAAGCUGUGGUCGACAUCGAGUCGGACAAGGAGGAGGAGGGGAUGGAAAUUACCAGAGCAGCCGACACACCAGCAUCGGGUGAAGGAAAGGGCACGGCGGAACUGCUCGCCGCCGUGGCCAGGGCGGAGGAAAAGCUCGCGAAGUCCGUGGCCAGCGCAAAGAAGGUGAUGUCGCAGCAGGAGGGUGCGAAGCCGGAGGACCUGGAGGCCGCGGAGGCUGAGGACAAGCUGGUCGACGUUGGGGAGUCUUCGGACGAGUCGCAAGUGUUGGUGCGCCAGAGGAAGAAGGGCCGCAGAAAGCGCUCGCCCUCGCCCGCCAAGGAGGGCACCGCUGUGGCCGACCCCAUCGAGGUGGAGGAAGUGGACCCGAAGGUGGACGGGGAGGCCGAGCGGGACAGAAGCCAGAGCCGAGACGACGAGUCCAAGGCUACGCUCGAGGGCACGGCGGAUAAGAGCAAGUCGUCGGGAGACCAGCCAGAGGGCAGCCAGGACCAGCAGGGUGAUAGCGGCAAUCCAACCGUCGCAGAGAUCGCGUCCGACUCGGACGUGAACUUGUCCGACAUGGACCUCUCCGACGUCGAGGAGGCCAUCGCCAGGCGGGCCGAGAAGAGGAAGACCAAGGAGGCAGCCACCGCCACCGAGGGCGGCGAGGGCGGAGAGCCGGGGGCCGAGGGGGCGGCCGAGGAGGGCGCGGCGGCCCCCGCGGCGGGCGGCGCGGAGGGUGUCGAGGCGGCGGCCGCCCCCGAGCCGCCCGCCGCCCGCUCGGAGGCGGAGGAGCCCUCGGCCGCCGCCGAGGCCGCCGUGCGGCCUGCGGUCGAGGGCGGCGGCGGCGCGGAGGCGGACCCCACGGCGGCGCGUCUUCGUGGCAUGCUCAUGGCGGGGUUCCUCUCCAGCGUGCUGGGCGGGAAGGUCGCGGCCCCGCGCAUGGAGGCGCCCGCGCCCCAGGAGGAGCAGGCAGAGCUGCCGGCGCCGUCGCAGGGCAGGGCCGAGGACGAGCUCUGCUCCCUGAGCGUGUCGCAGCUGCAGCAGCGGCUCAGGGCCAAGGCCGUGGUCAUGCCGCCCAAGCUGGCUGCAGCGGCCGACGGCGACAAGCUGGCGGCGUCCAAGUUGGCCGCCCUGCUCCGUGCCGCCGGAGACGACGGCUCUGCCCACGCGGAUAGCAAGGGGCCCGAGGAGCAUCCGCCCAAGGACGCGGAGGGCAGCGCCCAGGCCGACGGCAAGCAGCAGCCCGCGGCAGUCGACGGCGAGCGCCAGGACGGUGACGAGCCCGCCGCCGCCGAGGCCGCCGGCGCCGACGACGUGGACAUGGACGCCUUCAUGUCCGAAAUCGCGGGCGUGGAGGCAGAAGGUGGUUCCUCCGGCAAGCCGGCCGUGGCGGACGACGUGGACAUGGACGCCUUCAUGUCCGAGAUCGCGGGCGUGGAGGCAGGAGGCGGUUCCUCCGGCAAGCUGGCCGCGGCGGACGACGCGGACAUGAACGCCUUCAUGUCCGAGAUCGCGGGCGUGGAGGCCGGAGGCGACCCUGCCGCGUCGGAGCCCCAGGCCUCGGGCGGGCCGGGCGCGGCGGCCGAGGGCCCUCAGGCCGGGGCCGCCCGCGAGGUCUCCGAGGACGCCUUCGCGGCCUUCAUGUCCGAGAUCGACUGCCUCAGCGAGGCGGCGCCGGACACCGCCGCAAGUGCCCUGCCAGAGGAGGGGCCUCCAGCGGCGGUGGCGGAGGAUGCGGCCGCGGCGGCGCCAGACCAGCCGCUAUCGCUGCGCUUCGUCCCGCAGCGGCGCGCCUGGGUGGUGGCGUGCCCCGGGCUACAGGAGGAGGAGAAGGUCUUCUGCCUCAGGAUGGGCGCGAUCGCGGCGCGGAGGGCGGCGCUGCGGCACGCGGAGCGGUGCGAGCAGAGGCUCAAGGCCCAGGGCACCAAGGGCAGGCCCGAGGCGCAGCAGGGCGCGGAGGAGCAGGGCGCCUCCCCGGAGGCCCGGCUGCUGCAGGCGCUCGCGGACAACGAGGACCAGUCGCGGGCGAAGAUCUCGUUCUCGCUCAGCAGGAAGCCGCAGCCGGAGGACAAGUCCGCCGAGGCGCAGCUUCUCCAGGCCAUCGCAGACGAGGAGAAGCUGAAGCAGAAGGAGCAGGACCUCGCCGAGCGGGCCGGGCCGAAGGAUGCCACGAACGGCCAGCAGGAGCACGAGGCCAGCUGGAGCCGCGCGUGCCGAACGCCCUACGCCGGCACCUGCGACUCCAUGCAGAUCCUGCAGAGCAUCGCCAACGGCAGAGUACCGCCCAGCCUGGCCAAAGAGCAGUUCGAGAAGUACCGGCCCGUGCACCCUUUCCAGCUGCACUGGCGAAUCUGCCUGCACAGGGGCCGCCCAGCUAGGGUCGGGGGCGGCUUCGGCGCCGGUGACCUCCUGGGCCCCACCGGCAUGGUCGUCUCGUGCCCCUCGCGGGGCACGGUGGCACGCUUGAGAAGGCAGACGGACCCCGUCCUGCGCCAGAACGACGAGGCGGAGCUGCAGAAGAAGAUGCAGCGGCUGCACAGCCUGCGAGACAGGCUUACCACCGCCCUCGCGAAGCCGUCGGCGGCCAAGCAGACCGAGGUGUCCAUGCGGCGAGCGCUCGAGCAGACGGAGGCGGGCAUCGCCGCCGCCCAGGCCAGCGCGGACGAGCUGAUAGACCGCUCCUGGGCCCGCCGUGCCGAGCGGGUAGCCAUCUUCUACAACGUCGAGGGCCAGAGCUGUUCGAGCUCGCAGGACCCAGGCGAAGGCGGAGGGCCUCGGCUGCGCGGCCUCACCGUGCUGCCGGACGUGGACCGCUCGGGCGCGCUGCCGGCACUGCUGCUGCUGGCCUUCCUGAGGCCGCUGUCCUGCGGCGCCCGCGGCGGCUGCAGCGCGCUCUGCGACCUAGACGCCCGGCAGGUCUGGGCUGUCUCGGUUUUCGGCCAUGCGGCCCAUACCGCGCGCUGGGUGCUGCCGCUGUCGCGGCGCAGAAGGCUCGGCCUGGGCGACCUCGCGAGGGCGAACAGGCUGCGGGCCGCCAUCUCCGCCGCCCUGCUGCGGCCAGCGGGGGCGGGCGGCGCCGCAGUGCUGCGGGAGUGCCCCGAGAUUGCGCGCGCUCUGGGCGAGCUCGUGGUCGGGCUGGGCUCGCAGAGGAGGCCCGCCUUCGAGGUGGACGACCGCGUCGGCGAGGCCGACGCCGAGGCGGGCGAGGCGCCCGCCGCGCCUCCCGGCGAGGCGCGCAGGAGGCGCUUCGGCGACGUCUGGAUCGACCUGCAGGAGGACGGGGUCGACUGGGACGACGUGCGGAUGGAGGCUCCGCCCGCCGCGGAGGAGCCCCCCGAGGAGCCGCCAGCGGAGCCCGAGGAGGAGGAGGCCCAAGGAGGCGGCUUCUUCUCGUUUGACGUGUCCGUCGAGGAGCUGUCCCGCAGGCGCGGGGCCUCGGAAGCCCACGAGGAGGAGGCGGCCGAGGAGGGCGGCGGCGCAGACCGCGCGGCCGAGGCAGGCGAGGAGGAGGCACCGCCGCCGCCGGCGCCGAAGGAGCCGGCGGCGCUCGGUUUCCUGCCAGAGCUCACGCUGCUCCGCGAGCUGAGGGAGCGCGCGGAGCGCUUCGGGCAGAUGCGCGCCGAGGCCGCGGAGCUGGCGGAGCUCUGCCGCAGCGACCAGCGGGACGGCAAGAAGCACGCCCGUGCCCUGGUGGAGGCGGCGCGCGACGUGGAGGAGGCGCUCGAGAUGGCGCGCGAGGCCUGGGAGGCGGCGUGCGCCGUGGAGAGCAAGGAGGGCGCCGGCCAGGCCAUGGCGCUCGCGACGAGCACCAUGCGGAAGGUCGGGGCGCUCAAGGCUACGAUCACGGACUCGACCGCGCGGCUCGAGCAGGUGAGGCUGGCGGCCACGCAGAGGGAGGCCCGCGCCAAGGAGGGCAGCGCCGACGCACCCCAGCUCUGGGGCGCCGCGGGCAAGGUCCUCAAGCGCGCCCGGGAGGGCCUCGACGAGCGGUGGGAGAAGAUAGUGGCCGUGCGCACGAGCGUCGAGGGCUCGCAGAGGAAAGCCCUCACCAGGGCGGACGACUCUAUAGCCCUGGUGAACGAGAGGCUGCAGCGCUGGGCGGAUGAGGAGAGAAUACUGCAGGAAGAGGAGAAGCUCGUGCAGCAGGGCCGGCACCCCACGCAGAGGCGCGACCCGGCGGAGAUGCAGGCCCAGUGGCAGAAGGCCACCGAGCAGGACCGUCAGGACGCGCAGGCGCGCGCCGAGGCGCAGCAGCAGGAGCUCUUUGCCAGGCAGCAGCGCAUGCUGCAGCAGCAGUGGGGCAUGGGCGAGUCUGCGCAGCCCUCGCCCGACAUCAUCUACGCGAAGCCCCCGCCGUCUUAG